CCCCUGGCGGCGCUUCCGGCGCCGCCCCCCACGAAAUCCGCGCGGACCUCCGAAAUCCGCGCGGACCUCCCGUGGUUCUAAAAGCAGCCGCACCCGAAAGCAGCGCGUCCGAGCGACGGCCAGCCUCUUCGCUUGCGUCAGAGGUGCAGGCGGUAGCGAUAGUCAGACGUUCCAGGAUUUCCAGGAUUCCCCGGAUUUCCUCUCAGCAUCGUGGACGCAGGCUGCAGAACCGGCCAGAGACUGCGGAAUAUUUGGAGCCCAUCUUUGGCCAACCGUAUCAUGGCAUCGCUUCCUGUCCAAUUGUCCUCUGGCUUGACUCCCGAGGACCCGAGGGAGAUCUCAAGGAGCAUCCGCGCCUGUCGCCGGAGAGGGCCACCCGUGCUGCUGAGGCGACAGACGUUGACUUCGCCAGAGAAUUGGCCACACCCCGGCAAGCUGGCCAGCGCCGCGCUGGCCGCUGCGCAGCGGCUCGACCGAGCGCACGACGCCCCAGGCGCGGCCGCCUCCAGCGCCGCCAGCACCACCGCCUCCGCGAGCAGCGGCUCCACCAGCGAGGACGCCUCGUCCUCGCAGUCCCCCGAGGCCGAGGUGGGCCCCCAGCCUGGCACCCUUGCGGCGGCCGCAGAGGGCGCCGGCGAGGGCGCUGGCGCGGGCGCCUCUUCGGCGCCGUGCGGAGACGGUGCGCGGGACGCGCCUGAGCACCAGGCGCCAAGCACAGCUGCGCCCACUGGCACGAAGAAGCGACAGACGACGUUGGAAGGCUGCUGGCGGCGGGCCGCAGCGGCGGCUGGCCCCUCCGAGGAGGAGCCGCCGAGGCAGCGGCGGCGCCUCAUGCGGCGGAAGACGCCGCCGGACGCGGCGGCCGAGCCCGCCGAGCGGGCGCCCGCCGAGCCGGCGCCUGCCGCCGCGCAGCCGAGCCGGGGAGCGACAUGACGUGCAGCCUUCUCUUCGACACCGUGCUCUGAGCUCGGCGACAUGGCGUGUGUACGGCCUUGUCCUCGACGGUGUGCCCCUGAGCUCCCAGUCUUGGUCGCGGCUGUCUCGGGCAGGUAUGGCAAGAUGGAGGCUGUUAUGCCAGGGCUGCUCGCUCCCGCCGCUGCCUCCGGGCCGCCUCGGCGGGCGCUGCUUGCCGCCCCGGGCCCGUCUCCCCUCGCCGCUGUGGGCCGGGUGGGUGCGCCGGCGCGCGGGGUAUCGCGGCGGCUCUCGCUCCUGCCGGGUGGCGAG